ACGUCUUUUUAUUUAAUUUAUUAUUAAGCUGGGGAAAAAUAAGGGGAGUGAAAGAGAGAGAAGGCAGCGAAGAAUGAAACCCUGGGUCUGGGCCAUUAGGAGUACAUCGACCACAACCACAACCACAACCACAACAACCACUCCGACUCCGAGCGCUACUCUUGUUUGUUGUACAACAACCACACUACUCUCACUCCCAUUGCUACUGCCACUAGUUUUAGUACCAUCCUUACUGAUUCGUCGUUAUAAAAAGUCAGCUUCAGCUCAGCAGCUGCUGCUGCUAUUGCUAUUGCGGCUACAGCUACAGCUAAAGCUAAAGCUAAGCAGCAUCACAAAAGCACGUCACAUUUUGCACAAACAGCCACAGCCACAGCCAUAGCCACAGCCACUAUGGGCAAUUGCGGCACUAGAGAGGAAUCUGCCGUUGUUUCUCAUGCUCAAGUUCCUCAGCUCCACAUGUUACCAACAACUCACGGUCACACCGACAAGGACAAGAAGUACAAUCGGUCCAUAUCAGAUCUGAGUGAUCCUUCUUCAACCCCUCGCAACUUCGAGGACUCCAGAAAGAAUGCUCUCCUCUACACUCACGUUAUUGCCUUCACAUUGUACGAGCUCGAGACUAUCACCAAGAGUUUUCGCUCCGAUUACAUUCUAGGUGAAGGUGGUUUCGGCACUGUCUACAAGGGUUACAUCGACGAGAAUGUCAGAGUUGGCCUCAAAUCCCUCCCCGUUGCUGUUAAGGUUCUCAACAAAGAGGGCCUUCAGGGACACCGAGAGUGGCUUACCGAAGUUAAUUUUCUCGGCCAGCUUAGGCAUCCCAAUCUGGUGAAGUUGAUUGGAUAUUGUUGCGAGGAUGACCACAGGUUACUCGUUUACGAGUUCAUGUUCCGGGGCAGCCUUGAGAAUCACCUCUUUCGAAAGGCUGCUGUAUCAUUAUCAUGGGCCACAAGAAUGAUGAUUGCUCUUGGAGCUGCAAAAGGGCUUGCUUUUCUUCAUAAUGCUGAAAGGCCGGUCAUCUACAGGGACUUCAAAACCUCUAAUAUAUUAUUGGACUCUGAUUAUACAGCAAAGCUUUCUGAUUUUGGGCUUGCUAAAGCUGGACCACAAGGUGAUGAGACCCAUGUGUCAACUCGAGUAAUGGGAACCUAUGGUUAUGCUGCCCCUGAAUAUGUGAUGACCGGGCAUCUGACUGCCAGGAGUGAUGUGUACAGCUUUGGAGUCGUUCUUCUCGAGCUUUUGACAGGAAGAAAGUCUGUUGAUAAGACAAGACCGAGCAAAGAGCAGAAUCUGGUAGAUUGGGCCCGGCCAAAACUGAAUGACAAGAGAAAGUUGCUUCAAAUAAUCGACCCAAGAUUGGAGAAUCAGUAUUCAGUAAGGGCAGCACAGAAAGCCUGCAGCUUGGCAUACUAUUGUUUGAGCCAGAAUCCCAAAGCAAGGCCCUUGAUGAGUGAUGUAGUUGAAACUUUGGAACCUCUACAAAGCUGUGGUGAUAGUGUGAAUGAAUACUCAUCAUCAUCGACUGUUGGUGGCGGUGCAUUUGCCAUGGGUGGAAUCCCAGAUUACCGGAUGCAUCACAGGUUUGUCAAUAAUGUUGGUCCAGGUGCUAGUUGCCGAUCUCCCAACCCAAAUUGUUCCCCUGGGGGACCUGCAGCAUGCAGGGUUAGAUGAGAAAUCUGACCUAUCUGUAUACUUGUUUGGUGUGCUUUUCCUCCCAACCCCCGUAUUGAGAUGACAAUAUGGCUUUGUUUGCGUCUUUGUAAUUCAUGUACAUCUUAUCCUGGUGACCCCAAGCCUUUGUUGAUUAUUUUUCUUCGGCUUGGUGCUGUAUCAGUUUGUUGUCGCAUUUGCUUACCAAACGGGAAUUGCCAUGUGAAAAGCUAUUUUACCGUGUAAACAUUAGUUGCAGAAUUGCGAGGUGAAUGCCAAAAAAUGUAUUGUGCCACAUCCUUAUCAUCAUUGUCAUGAUUAUUGUUUUUA